UACAUACGUGGUGGUAAUUAAUUAAGGUUGAAAUCAUGACCAAAAUUGUUUUCACCAAGUACUUUUUAGCCUAUAAAACAGAAGCUCAUGUUCAGCUCAUUGCAGAUUACAAUUCACUGAAAGAACUCACAGAGAAACAAUUUGGAAUUAAGAGAGAUGUUUAGCUAAAGUUGGUUUCCAUUUUUGCUUGCAUCGGUGAAGCUCAAAUUCAAAUCUGAGUUUCCAACCUCAUCAUCAUCGCUUCAGAAACAUCUACUGGACAUUUAUUUUCUCAGCUCGCGCCACAGAUACUCCAUGCUAAUCUCGCUUUUGCCCUCAGCGGUUUUCUGGUUAUUACGGUUAUGAUAGUUGUCAAUUACCGCCAACUUAAGAGCCAAAGCUCUUCCCCAGCUCUCGGCUUUCCUCGCCUCAGGUUCUUCCGAUACCGGCGCUUGAGGUAAACUGGUAAUAGCUACUCACCAGACUCAACCAAUAGUUGCAGAAGUUCUUAUUUUUGCUUCUGUUCCCGAAUCGAUAUUGUAUUUACGGAAAAUGCCGAGUCCGAAGAGUACUCAUCGGAGGGUCGUCCAGGAGGAGAAGAAUCGCAGGGGGAGAUCACUCAACGAGAAAUCGUCAUCGUUUCACGGCCAGUUUUCGGAUAUGGCGACGCCGCAGCUUCGGAGACCAAAAACGGUGCCAGACAUGGCGUCGUUCAGGAACACGAUCGGAAUGACACCGGCCACGGAGUUACAGCCGAAAUUGACGAAGCUGCUCCUCAAUGUGACGAUUCAGGGGAGCGUUGGCGCCAUACAUGUCAUAAUGCCGCCGGAAUCUGCGGUAAAAGAUCUGGUGGCGGCUGCCAUACGACAAUACGGAAAGGAAGGUCGCCGUCCGAUCUUGCCCUCUGUCGAGCCCUCGUUGUUUGACCUCCAUUACUCUCAGUUCAGCUUAGAAAGUUUGGAUAGGGAGGAGAAGCUGAUGGCGUUAGGAUCGAGGAACUUUUUUCUGUGCCAAAGCGCAAAUGCAGUGGAUGCUGGCGGUAGCGAAACGACGUCGUCUGCUUCAUGUUCAAAACAAGCAGAGAAAGUUUCAAGGACUGGAUUUUCAUGGCUCAAGUUUAUGGAUUUCUUGUUGUAAUUGGCUUAAUUAGUUGCCACAUUAAUUAAAAUAUUAUUGUUCUCCUCAAAUGCCUUUGGGUUUGUACAUAAUAUAUAGGUCCGUAUUGUAAUAGAAGAAGAUUUUAUUUCAGGGUUUUUUUAUAUAUUAUUUCAGGGCUUUGUACAUAAUGUAGGUCCGUAUUGUAAGCUUAGAAUUUUGAUGAAUGCCACAAGAUAUUGUCACAAGCUGUAA